AGGAGGAGGCUCGUUUCCCAUUUCCGGUAGAGGGGGUGGAGUCGCUUUCUGAGGCUGGGGAUGGGGUCUUUUUCUUCCUCCUCCAAGUGCGAGAGAGGGACUGUGCACGGAAAGGCAUCUGGGCAGGGUGGACCACCUCUGCUUUGUAACUUUUGAGUAAAUCGGCUCCUAAGGCAGUAGAACGGAAUGGGAAAGGAUGUUCUAAUAGUCUUCGAUUCACGGGUCUUGUUGAGAGUCUCCUCCGGUUCGGUAUAAGCUCGGUCUCGUUACUCAGUCGCCCAGAAAUCAUAACAUCUAAGAUUACUGCAUAUUCUCUUAUAAUUCAAUUAUUGCAGAUCACUCUGUUCUCCUACUGACCUUACCGCUUCCCUCUUUCUUUGUGCCCUCCAGCCUAAAUGAUGUCACCAAUAUUGCCUAAUUGAUCAGCUGCCCAUCUGACAAGAAGUGAUGAUACAAUAGUGGAUCAUGACCAUGGCUAAGUGAGAAUAUAUAAGCAUGUAAUUGUCUUAACUGAAAGGCAGAUACCCAUUUCAAAAUUAAUCUGCAAGCACGUACAUUUUGAAAGCUGUGAUAGACCUCGAGGUACAACUUUAAUGGAAUCUGCCCAUUAGGGUGAAUCUGUCUGGAUUUCUGCUGUACUCAAGUUUUAGUGUAAACUCCGUUCAAAGAAGAAACUAUGCAGCGAAGGCCCAAAGCAUUAAAUACUGGAGUGCUUUUGCUCCUUUCUCAGCUAUAUCAAGUUGGGUUUCAAAACAUUCCACCUGUCACACUUGCAACCUUGGCAGUGAACAUUUUCUUUUUUCUACAACCCCUGAAACCUCUGGACGAAGCAUGUAUUAGUGUCAAUAGGUGUCUUUACAAAAAGGACUGGCAUCGUUUGUAUCUUUCAGCAUUUCACCAUGCAGAUGACUGGCAUCUAUAUUUUAAUAUGGUCUCCUUGCUUUGGAAAGGAAUUAAAUUGGAGAACAGACUUGGAACUAAGUGGUUUGGAUAUAUAAUUGCACUGUUUUCACUACUUGUGGGAGCUGUAUACCUAUUUCUGGAAGCUAUACUGGCCAAACUUCUUGGUGAUCCUUUAUAUGAACAUCACUGUGCUGUUGGUUUUUCUGGAGUGCUAUUUGCUUUGAAAGUUCUUAAUAACUAUUACCAUCCAGGGGGAUCAACCAAUAUUAUGGGCCUGAAUGUAUCUAAUAAAUACUCUUGUUGGUUGGAACUUCUAGCAAUCCAUAUAUUAAACCCACGGAGUUCUUUUGCAGGACAUCUGGCAGGUAUUCUUGUUGGCCUAAUGUACACUAUGGGACCCCUAAAGAUUUUCAUGACAGCAUGUGCAGGUGGCUAUGUAUUUCCAACUGGCUUUUCAGAACAAAGGAACAAUUACAGAACAGGGAAUUUUAGAUACUCAGGUAAUCCAUCCUAUCGAGCAAACAACUAUGAUACGUAUACUGGUGGACUCACUGAAGAAGAACAAUUGGAAAGAGCAGUAAAUAAUAGCUUGAGAGAAAGAGGCAGCAAUACAAGGCAUUACACCAGUGAAAGGAGGCCAUAUGGCUUCUGGCUUUCACCAGAAGAACUAUCAGUUGAGGAACUCAGAAGGCAGAGACUUAAUAGAUUGGAGAGGUGGCAGUAGUCUUAUAGUAUAUAUAUAUAUAAAGGGCUCUUCCCAGCUGUCAAAACAUGAUGAAUAUUGUUCAUUUAAGCCAUUUCAAUUUCACAAAAUAUAUUUCAUGGAGGCUAUCUGAAGCUAUUUGUGAGUGAAAAAGAUGAACGUGUUUGGCUCAUAGACUACCAAAUUUAAAACUGAAAUGAAAACUAAACAUCUUAAAAAUUCACCACACCAUUUAAAAUUCUAUAGCUACCGUGUGUGUGUGUCUUUAUAUAUACAUAUACAUACACAAACACACAUGCACAUAUACUUUACUAACUUGAAUAAAAGUUUACAGAAUAAAAAUUAGGAUUAAACAUAAUUUGGUCAGGUCAUUGAAAUGUGUGACCUAUGAUUAUAGCACUUUUAUGAUCUCCAGAAAUUACUGAAAUUGAAGAUAAAUGUUUUUCUACAAGUUGCACAUUUAAUAUGACAAUAUCCUACAAUUUUUAGUAUAGAUGAGGAAGCAAUGGCAUAACAUGAUCAUGUAGCUAUAAUUGUAGCUAAUUAUUUUUGUAUACAAGGAGAUGUAUUUGUAUUUUUCUAUUAUACUAAAGAAACUGAAGUUUGAAAACUUUGAAUUCUUUCUUCAGUUUCAUUUGAAGUAAAUUUUGGAAUUCACAUUAAUUAAUUUGGAUGCAGUCCAUUAAGCCUUAUUAAUUUUAUUUUAUAAGAAACAGCAACAGUAUAGCUUACUACAUUUUAGCUGUGAUGAAUUUGUAAAUAUAAAUUAUUUUGAUGUCUACCUUAUAUAUUACAACUAAUAUUUUGUGGAGGGGGGGAAAGCAAAUUGGGAGCUUUGCCACAGCCAUAAAAUAUUCCAUGUAAUUAUUUAUCAUCAGACAUUAUGAUUUGUGACUUAACUUCUUUUAAUUUUUUAAAAAAACUCCCCACUUCACAUUUCAGUUUAUAUGAAGUAUUUUUUUCUUAAACCAUUGUAAUAUUUUCUACUUGAGACCACCCAGUGCCUUCCCCAAUAAAGUGUAUAUUAAAAAUCAUAAGUUUAAGUUUCUUGAAUAUUUUUUGAACUUUUAUAAUAUUUUCAAUGUUCAUAGUAUUGUUUUCUCCAUACUUUGUUAAUGAACCAUCAAUGAACUGCAACUGAGCUCUGUUGUUGCAACCUGGUUAUUUACAUCUUAUUUAGUGUCUAAACCAAGACAGAUUAUCUCAUGCUGAUUUUGAGCUUCAAAACAGGCACCAGAAUUGAUCAUGGCUCUUCCACAAUAUGCUUCAAGAUAUGCACAGAGGCCAUACUUUUGGGCAGUGAGCUUUGGGCUCAUGGAGGAACACCUUACAGAGAAGCAAUGAGAUGUGAAUGAAUUUCCUCAAUGCUUCCCAGUGUCCAUUGUGUUUCUAGAUUUUAACAUCAGACAAAAAGUUAUUUCAAAAUCAAUGUUAAAACUCAAAUUGCAUUAUUUUAAAAGCAAUACAAUUAUUAAAAAACCCUUGAGUCCUAAUUAAGAAGGCAUUUUAAUUU